AUGAAGUUCACCGCUCUACUGCUGCUGCUCGGACUGGCUGCCCUCGCGGCGGCGUCGGACGAUAUCGAUUGGAGUAAGGUGCGCCCGAUCUCGCGCAUGCCCCGCUACUGGCGACGCAUCCCGAAAGAGUUGAUGCGUCAGAUGACGCUCGAGCUGAAGGAUUUGCCGAGGCACCGACCGGAGGGUAGAAUCGUCGGUGGCUACGUAGCCACGCCCGGUCAGUUCCCGUACCAGGUUGCGUUGGUUUCCCAGUUUCCCGAGGGUGGCGCAUUGUGUGGAGGUUCGGUCCUGAGUGCAAACUUCAUUCUAACUGCUGCCCAUUGUGUCGAUCAAGCAAGCGGAGGUACCGUCAUUCUGGGAGCUCAGGAUCGUACUGAUGCCGCUGAAGCGGGACAAGUACGAAUUCCAUUCGUGCAGUCGGGAAUCUAUUAUCAUCAAGAGUGGACUCCUGAGCUGAUCCGUAAUGAUAUUGCCACGGUUCGUAUGCAAAGUCCGGUGACGUUCUCCGACCGCAUCCAACCGGUUACGCUGCCGACCUGGAGUGACGUGGAGAACGAUUUCUCCGGCAUCACCGGAACUGUUUCCGGAUUCGGACGCUUCUCCGAUGAUAUACCGGAGGCGUCGAAUAUUCUUCGUUACGUCGAUAAUCCGAUCCAAACCAAUACGGCGUGUAAUAUUCGAUUCUUAGGAUUGAUCCAGCCGGAAAACAUUUGCUUGUCCGGUGACAAUGGUCGUGGUGCCUGCAGCGGCGACUCCGGUGGUCCGUUGACCAUUUCGCGCGGCGGAGAUACCGUUCAAGUCGGUGUUGUCUCGUUUGGUCUGGCGCUGGGAUGCGAACGCAACUGGCCGUCCGCGUUUGCUCGUACCACCUCGUUCCUGCAAUGGAUUCAGGCUCACUCGGAUGUGAUCAUCCAGGCUUAG